AAAUUGUGUUGCUUGGACAGGUGCAGGGGAAAGGAGCAAAUGCUUUAUAACUUCUGUAAUACCUUAUCUGCCUAGAUUUCAAGAACAUUAUCGUGGAAGAGAAUGUCUCCGAAAGGCAAGGAGGAAAACAAGGUGACUCUUGAUUUGGCAGCAUGGUUGUUCAACAUUGUCACCUCGGUUGGAAUCAUCAUUGUCAACAAAACUUUGAUGGCUUCCUACGGUUUCACUUUUGCUACAACUUUGACUGGCCUGCAUUUUGCUGCCACGACCAUGAUGACUCUCAUCCUCAAACGGCAUGGAUACAUCCAGAGCUCGACUCUGCCAGUGUCGGAUCUUGUGAAGUUUGUUUUGUUUGCGAAUUUUUCUAUCGUUGGGAUGAAUGUGAGCUUGAUGUGGAACUCAGUGGGAUUCUAUCAGAUCGCGAAGUUGAGCAUGAUCCCAGUGUCGUGCCUCCUCGAAGUGGUGCUGGACAGAGUGAGAUACUCGAGGGACACCAAGCUGAGCAUCUUAGUCGUUCUGUUAGGCGUGGCGAUCUGCACAGUCAACGACGUGAGUGUCAAUGCUAAGGGGUUCGUUGCUGCUCUGAUAGCCGUUUGGAGCACUUCUCUGCAGCAGUAUUUUGUUCAUUAUCUUCAACGGAAGCACUCCAUCGGCUCGUUCAACUUAUUAGGCCACACGGCACCACCUCAAGCCGCAUCGUUGCUGCUGGUCGGGCCGUUGAUGGAUUACUGGCUGACGAGCAAGAGGGUGGAUGCGUAUCACUACACCAUGUCAUCGGUGAUGUUUGUUGGGAUAUCUUGUGCCAUUGCUAUAGGAACCAAUCUAAGCCAGUUCAUCUGCAUAGGAAGAUUCACAGCGGUCUCGUUUCAAGUGCUCGGGCACAUGAAAACCAUCCUCGUGCUAACGUUAGGGUUUCUCUUCUUCGGGAAAGAGGGGCUCAACCUACAUGUGGUUGUUGGGAUGGUGGUGGCAGUGGUCGGGAUGGUCUGGUACGGUCAUGCCUCUUCUCAACCGGGUGGGAAGGAGCGCGUCUCCUCUCCCUCGUCUAGCAGCAAACUAGACGAGGAAGAGGUCGUGCUGGUGAAGUCCAACGAGCCGGAGGAGGAGGUGUAGCCAUGGCAGAGAAGCUUCUGUGAGCUGAAUUUUGGCACUAGUCUGUAGAGGUAUAGAAUUAUACAAUCUAUCUUGUUAUAAAACAUAUAUAUACAAUAGAGUUUGUCAUUCUUGAUUUAGAUUCACUUGAAUUUUAUUUAAAUUGAUUUCCAGUCUUUCUGUGAGAUGAGAUUGUUUCUGCA